AUCAAAACCGACCCAUACUCCCCUUUCAUUUUCCAUUUUAUUUCCUUCGAUUUCUUUCAAUCGAAUCAGAGAGAGAAAAUCGCACACGUAAAUCGUUACGCCAGCUUGUUUUUCUCUGUUUCCAAACACUACCCAACCGAAAAUCAGAGUAUCAUUCAAAGCCCCACGAACUCCCAAUUAAACCCCCAAAAACGUUCGCCUUUUCUCCGCCCAAUUCUCCGCCGUUUCUCCUCCCAUAAACCCUAGGGAUUUCUGCUGUUCUUUUUUCUGUCAGUCUGUAUCUUUCUUCUUUUUCAUCCACUUUCUUGUAUUUUUUCUGAAAAAAAAAUGAAGGAACCCCAACUGGGUUUCUGGGGUUCUUUCCCCGUUCUGCUCCUUUUGUUUUUCUCGCUGUACUCACCAGUACACUCCCAGUCCGGCGGCGGCGGCGACGACGGAGCGGCCAUGGAAGCACUCCGGAAAAGCAUCGGCUCCAACAGUCUCGGGUGGUCCGGCACCGAUUACUGCAAAUGGGGAAAAGUGAGUUGCCAGGACGGCAAGGUUUUCAAAAUCCAAUUGGGUAAUCAGAAACUCACCGGCACGCUGCCGCCGGAAAUCCAAAAGCUUUCGUAUUUGCAGCAACUGGAAGUUCAGAACAACCAACUCACCGGACCUUUUCCGAGCCUCUCCGGGGUGCAACCGCUUCAGGUCCUCCUCGCCCACGACAACAACUUCUCGUCCUUCCCUUCCGAUUUCUUCACCGGACUCACCUCCCUUGACAACAUCAACAUCGACCACAAUCCCUUUGCUGCGUGGCAGAUUCCCGACACUCUCAAAGAUGCCACACAGCUGAAGGAAUUCUCCGCCACCCAGACCAACCUCACCGGAAGAAUCCCCGAUAUCUUCAACAGUUCCAAUUUCCCAGGUUUGACUGAUCUACAUUUGGCUUUCAAUUACCUUGAAGGCGAAUUGCCUGCUAGUUUUUCGGGUUCGAGUAUUCAGUCCCUCUGGUUGAACAGCCAACAGGGCACCAAUAGGCUUAAUGGUACUAUUGAUGUGUUACAGAACAUGAUUUCUCUGCGUGAGGUUUGGUUACAUGGUAAUUAUUUCACCGGUCCUAUACCGGACUUGUCGAACUUAGGUUACUUGACCACUCUGAGUUUGAGGGAUAACAAGCUCACCGGCGUUGUUCCCGCGUCUUUGUUGAAUCUUAAAUCCCUUACUUCUGUUAAUUUGACCAAUAAUAUGCUUCAAGGACCAAUGCCCAAGUUUGGCGAUGGGGUUCUGGUGGAUAUGACGGGGUUAAAUAGUUUUUGCAGUGAUAAGCGGGGUGUUGAUUGCGACGCUCGUGUCAAUGUUUUGCUUUCGGUCAUCAAAGACAUGGGUUAUCCUACUGUUUUUGCAGAUAGUUGGAAGGGGAACGAUCCUUGUAAUAACUGGAAGGGAAUUACGUGUAAUGGUGGAAACAUUACUGUUGUCAAUUUUCGGAGCCUGGGUCUUUCAGGUACGAUCUCUUCAAAUUAUUCUCUGCUUACCUCCUUGCGAACAUUGAGACUUGACAAUAAUAACCUCACCGGUACCAUACCAAAGGAGCUUACGCAACUGCCCAACCUUCAGCAGAUAGAUGUUAGUAACAAUCAACUUUUUGGUCAAGUACCAAAGUUUAAGAAUGUGGACGUGAAAACAGCUGGGAACCCUAAUAUUGGUCAGGAUCAUCCCCCUUCGCCAGCAACGCCAGCGACGCCUACAAUUCCUAAUUCACCGCCUGGCUUCCAACCAGAUGGAGGUAAAAAAUCUAGGACUGGGGUGGUUGUUGGGGCUGUCAUCGGCAGUGUUGGAGGAUUGGUUGUAGUUGGGUUUGUUGCUUUCUGUCUACUUAAGAAAAAGCAUAAGCAUUCUGGCAGAGUUCAAAGUCCAAACGCAUUGGUUAUUCAUCCUCGUCACUCUGGCGAUCAAAAUGCAGUCAAGAUCACAGUUGCUAACUCUGGGGUUAAUCGCUGUGAAAAUGAGUCCUAUAAUAGUCCGGCAAGUAGUGGACCUAAUGACAUUCAUGUGGUUGAGGCUGGAAGUAUGGUCAUUUCGAUCCAAGUUUUGAGAAAUGUGACCAAUAAUUUCAGCGAAAAUAAUAUAUUAGGAAAAGGUGGUUUUGGAACUGUGUACAAAGGGGAGUUGCAUGAUGGGACAAAGAUUGCAGUGAAGAGGAUGGAAUCUGGAGUGGUGGCGGAGAAGGGUCUAAAUGAGUUCAAGUCUGAGAUUGCAGUUCUUACUAAGGUCCGACACCGCCACUUGGUUGGACUUCUUGGCUAUUGUUUGGACGGAAACGAGAGGCUUCUUGUUUAUGAAUACAUGCCUCAAGGGACUCUUAGUAGAUACUUGUUCAACUGGAAAGAGGAAGGUCUGAAGCCACUUGAAUGGACUAGAAGGCUGACCAUUGCCUUGGAUGUUGCAAGAGGGGUUGAGUAUCUCCACGGUUUAGCCAGUCAGACUUUCAUUCACAGGGAUCUUAAACCUUCGAACAUUUUACUCGGAGAUGAUAUGCGGGCUAAAGUUUCAGAUUUUGGACUGGUUCGUCUUGCUCCAGAAGGGAAAGCCUCAAUUGAGACGAGACUAGCUGGAACUUUUGGCUAUUUGGCUCCAGAGUAUGCAGCAACUGGGCGGAUGACACUCAAGGUUGACGUGUAUAGCUUUGGAGUGAUCUUAAUGGAGCUUAUCACGGGUAGAAGAGCAAUUGAUGAAAGCCAACCAGAGGAGAGCUUGCACCUUGUUACAUGGUUCCGCAGAAUGCUCAUUAACAAGGAUACAUUCCGGAAGGCCAUUGAUCCAACAAUUGAUCUCAAUGAGGAAACUCUUUCUAGUAUUAACACCGUCGCUGAGCUUGCUGGGCAUUGCAGCGCAAGGGAGCCCUACCAGAGGCCCGACAUGGGUCAUGCAGUCAAUGUUCUUUCGUCACUCGUUGAGCAUUGGAAACCAUCUGAAGCCGAAGAUUCUGAUGAUAUGUAUGGAAUUGACCUCGAAAUGACCUUACCACAAGCACUAAAGAAGUGGCAGGCUUUUGAAGGCAAUAGCAACCUUGAUGAGUCUUCAUCUUCUUCAUCGUUCUUUGCCAGCGGAGACAACACCCAAACCAGCAUACCUACUCGCCCAUCUGGAUUUGCAGAAUCGUUUACAUCAUCGGAUGGGCGGUAAAGGUCGAGAAAGAAGUUCAGAGCUACAUUGAAUGUUCAAAUGGCUUGUAGUUAUUGUGUUUGUUAUCCUGAUGUGGACAGGGGAUGCAUUUUUUCGUUUACAUUUUUAUGUUAAGAUAGUUUAAAUCUCUGGUGCUCUAGGAAUUCUGGUGGUUAGUCUAAGAUGUUGAAGAAAAUGGCUGAUUAAGCCUCUGAUGUGGUCCAGUUAAUUUUUUUUCCCAAUCUGAGAACCUAGUUUAAAAGUU